AUGCGAUCUGUGCAUAACUUGUUUUCUCACAGCUGUUCAAGAAAAAAGGCCUUCCAGAUCACCAAGUCCUUCCUGCCCAUCCUGGAGUGGCUUCCCAACUACCGGAUGAAGGAGUGGUUGGUCAAUGACAUCAUCUCAGGGGUCAGCACUGGCCUCGUUGCCACCCUGCAAGGUUUGGCAUAUGCUUUACUGGUGGCAGUUCCUGUUGGAUAUGGCCUCUAUUCUGCCUUUUUCCCUAUCCUGACAUACUUUUUCCUGGGAACAUCAAGACACAUAUCAGUUGGUCCAUUCCCUGUAGUCAGUUUGAUGGUGGGAUCAGUUGUAAUGAGCAUGGCCCCUGAUGACAAUUUUCUCAUAGUUGGCAGUAAUGCUACAGGGACUAAUGGUACUGAGAUACUGAUAGACACUGACUCCAGAGAUGCCCAGAGAGUGCUGAUUGCCAGCACCCUCACAUUUCUGGUUGGAAUUUUACAGGUGGCAUUUGGAGUUCUUCAGAUUGGUUUCAUUGUGAGGUACCUCGCAGAUCCACUAGUUGGGGGAUUCACAACUGCAGCUGCUUUUCAAGUGCUCGUAUCACAAUUGAAAAUAGUCUUAAAUGUUUCAACUAAAAACUAUAAUGGUGUCCUUUCCAUAAUAUAUACUCUCAUUGAAACGUUUGAAAACAUUGGCACCACCAACAUUGCAGAUCUUAUUGCUGGACUCCUCACCAUUUUUGUCUGCAUGGUAGUUAAAGAGAUAAAUGACCGAUUCAAACACAAGAUUCCUAUACCAAUACCAAUAGAAGUUAUUGUGACUAUAGUAGCCACUGGCAUUUCAUAUGCUGCCGACUUGGAAAAAAAAUAUAAUGCAGGCAUUGUUAAGAGCAUUCCAAGAGGAUUUUUACCUCCUGAAGCUCCAGAUGUCAGCAUGUUUUCCCAGAUGAUAGCAGCCUCCUUUUCUAUUGCUAUUGUUGCUUAUGCUAUUGCGGUUUCUGUGGGGAAAGUAUAUGCAACCAAGUAUGACUAUGCCAUUAAUGGAAACCAGGAGUUUAUUGCCUUUGGGAUCAGCAACAUUUUUUCUGGUGCCUUUUCUUGUUUUGUUGCAACUACUGCUCUUUCACGGACUGCAGUCCAAGAAAGUACUGGUGGAAAAACUCAGGUUGCUGGUAUAAUCUCAGCUGGAAUUGUUUUGAUUGCCAUUGUUGCCCUGGGGAAAUUGCUGGAGCCCUUACAAAAGUCUGUGCUGGCAGCUGUAGUCAUAGCUAACUUGAAAGGGAUGUUCAUGCAAGUGUUUGAUGUUCCCCGUCUAUGGAAACAGAAUAAAGUAGAUGCUAUGAUCUGGGUUUUUACAUGUAUAGCAUCCAUCAUUCUGGGACUUGAUUUGGGAUUACUUGCUGGCCUUUUGUUUGGAUUGCUGACAGUUGUGCUGAGAGUUCAGUUGUAAGUAACACAGGAUCAGAAAUAACUGUUAGUGUUAUACCAUGAAAAAGAAAGACUGUACUGAAAAGGAAGGGGAUUUGUGGCAGAAAAUCUUCUUGGGCUUACCAAGAUUUUUAAGUGGAAAUCUUCAGAACAAAACAAUAUUUGUGUACUGUCAUUUAAAAAUUACACUGUGUUUGUGGUUGCUCUAAGAACAUGUGGUAGUGGAACGAUGAAAAACGUUGGCUUUGCAGAAUCUCAUUUGACCAUCUUGUUACAUUUUCUUGAUCUUUGUUUUUUUCUGAAAGCAUCACAUAUCUGCUUUCCUUCAGCCUGGAGUUCAGAAAAUAUGAUUGACAGCAAUACCAAAGUAUAGUUGCUCUGUCAGCAACUGCAUAAAAGUAGAUCCUUCCAAAAGUGGCUACAGAGUGGUAGUUUAUAAAAUCCACUAACUUAAAAUUUGCUACAAUUUUUAAAAAGUGUAGGUAGAGGCUGCAAACUGUUUUGGUUUGCAAAUCCAAAGAAAAAGCACUGGACAACCAGCUUUCAGUAAUCUGAAGAUGAUGUAAAUAUGUUGUUUCCA